UUCUACUCUUUUCUCCUCUUCUCUAAAUAGUGUAGAACCUCGUGCGAGUUUUCACUGGCAAUCGAACUGACAAGCGAGCGACACAGAGAGAGAGAGAGAACGAAGGAGAGAGAAGUUAUUUGAGAUCUCUCUUUUGCUUCUCCUCUCAAAAUUAUCAGCAAUGGCCGAUGAACCUUCCGUUACUCGCUGGUCAUUUCAGUUUGGGAGAAAGAAGCCAACGGAAUCAUCACAAAAUGGUCAAAGCACUGAAAAGCCAGUUUCUAAUGGGAGUUCAUCAAAUGGCAAUGGCCAUGUUCAGAGAGAGAUGUCCAUUUACGAGCAGUAUCAGAACCAGGCUAGGAGCGCAACGCACCUGAAUGGAGAUUUGUCGAAUGGAACUAAUGGGAUACUGCAGAAGCCACUGCUUCCUUCUUUUGAAUCAACUGAAACUCGUGCUUUAGCUGAGAGUUUAUGUAGGGAUAUAAUUCGUGGAAGUCCAGAUGUUAAGUGGGAAAGCAUCAAGGGGCUAGAGAAUGCCAAACGUUUACUUAAAGAAGCAGUUGUCAUGCCGAUAAAAUAUCCCAAGUAUUUUACUGGCCUUCUAUCACCAUGGAAGGGUAUUCUUCUUUUUGGCCCACCAGGAACAGGAAAGACAAUGCUUGCAAAGGCUGUUGCAACAGAGUGUAAGACUACAUUUUUCAAUAUUUCAGCAUCUUCUGUUGUCAGCAAAUGGCGUGGUGAUUCAGAAAAGUUGAUAAAGGUAUUAUUUGAACUUGCAAGGCACCAUGCUCCUUCAACUAUAUUUCUGGAUGAAAUUGAUGCAAUAAUCAGUCAACGUGGUGAAGGACGCAGUGAGCAUGAAGCUAGUAGGCGUCUGAAAACUGAGCUACUGAUACAGAUGGAUGGUUUGACACGGACUGAUGAACUUGUAUUUGUCUUGGCGGCAACAAAUCUUCCUUGGGAAUUAGAUGCAGCCAUGCUUCGGCGUCUCGAGAAGCGAAUCCUUGUACCUUUGCCUGAACCAGAAGCGAGAAGAGCCAUGUUAGAAGAACUCUUGCCUUCGCAGGCUGAUGAGGAGGGCCUUCCUUAUGAUGUAUUAGUGGAAAGGACUGAAGGAUAUUCAGGUUCAGAUAUCCGGUUACUCUGCAAAGAGACAGCAAUGCAGCCCCUGAGACGAGUAAUGGCACUCCUUGAAGACAGGCAGGACGUAGUUCCUGAGGAUGAACUACCAAAAGUUGGGCCAAUUAGAGCAGAAGAUAUAGAGGCUGCUUUGAAGAACACAAGACCAUCGGCUCAUCUCUACGCUCACCGAUAUGAUAAGUUCAAUGAAGAUUAUGGUAGUCAGAUACUCCAAUGAAGGUACCCCGUUGCUGAUAGCCUUUAAUUUGAUAGAUGUAAUAAUCCGUGGUUGACAAAUUGUUAAACCUUUGUAACAUUAUUUGUCACUAGGUGGUCAAUGAGUAUUUAAGAGUAAUGUGUUCCAAAUACCCACGGAUGUAUGUGUUCCGUUAUGUUGUUUUGGUGCGGUGACUGAACAUAUUCAGGUUAGCCAUUGUCUUAUAU